AGUGUUUCGCGAAUUGUUGUUCCAUCCACACGUUCUAAAAUGAACCUGUACAUCAUCAUAGGCUUUAUUGCCACGAUUAUUUAUUUGGUUAAUAAAUAUUUCUUCUCAUAUUGGACAAAACGAAAUGUCUUUCAAGUGGAUCCGACAUUUUUGGUCGGGAAUAUUGGAAGGCUCUUCACACUUAAAGCCUCAAUGGGCGAUGUCUUCAACGAUAUUUACGAAAAACAUAAGAACAAGCGCUUCCUUGGAGGAUAUUUACUGUAUAAGCCAAUGUUUAUUGUCCACGACCCGGUCCUAUUCCAAGAUGUCAUGAUUAGGGACUUUACAACAUUCCAUGAUCGUCCAACACCAGGCGAUGCUGCUGAAAACUUUCCACUUGUUGGCAAUUUGUUUAAUUUAAGAGGUCAAAAAUGGAGAGACAUUAGAAUCAAAUUGUCGCCUACGUUCACAUCUGGCAAGCUCAAGGCCAUGUUUCCAAUUAUGAGAGAUUGCUGCAAAGUACUCCAAGACUAUACAGAAAAGAAUAUCAAGAAUGGAAAUAACACAUUUGACUGUAAAGAUUUAUUGGCUAGAUUGACAAUUAAUAACAUUUCGUCUGUUGCUUUUGGAGUUGAGAAUGACUGCAUCAAUGAACCUGACAAUAUUUUCCGUAAAAUGGGUCUUAAGAUGUUCGAACCAAGCUUUAGGAAUGGAAUUAUUAACACAUUGGCAUUCUUUACUCCUGAUUUAUUCACAAAAUUAAAAAUUGAUCCAUUCGAAGCAGAUUUAUCAGCUUUUGUGUACUCUUUGGUCAAUCAGACUGUCGAGUAUCGUGAGAAGAACAGCGUUCAUCGUAAUGACUUUAUGCAACUGCUUAUUGAGCUUAAGAAUAAGGGAUAUGUAACUGCAGACAAGAAGGAUGAAGAUGAGGUUGAAUGGAAAGAGGAAGCGAAUGGAGAUGGAAAGAUUACAAAGCUUACAAUUGAUGAAUUGGCUGCACAAGCUUUCAUUUUCUUUGGUGCUGGUUUCGAGACUUCAAGUUCUACAAUGUCUUUCUGUCUAUUUGAAUUAGCUAGAAAUCAGGAUGUCCAACGUAAAGUCCAAGAAGAAAUUGAUAGAGUCAUGAAAACUGCUGGACCUGAAGGAAUUACUUAUGACCUUAUAAAUGAUAUGAAAUACCUCGAUUGCUGUGUCGAUGAAACUCUAAGAAAAUAUCCAAUUGUACCUGUACUUUUCAGAAUCUCCACAAAAGAUUACAAAGUUCCUAAUUCAGAUGUUGUCAUUGAGAAAGACACUCCAGUAUUUAUUCCAUUGAUGGGUAUGCAACGUGACCCGAAAAUUUAUGAGAAUCCAUUGCAAUUCAAGCCUGAACGGUUCCUUAAUUCGUCAUCUGGAAAUCCAAAUAUUAGUGCUGGAAUCGUGUAUGCUCCGUUCGGAGAUGGACCAAGAAACUGCAUCGGAGCUCGUCUUGGUAAAUUACAAAGUAAACUCGGACUUGCGAUGAUCCUUCAGAAAUUCAGCUUUGAGUUAAAAGACAAAUCUUUACAAUAUGGUGAACUUACAUUCCAUCCAAAUUCCCUAGUACUGUCUUCUUUACAAUCGCUCACUUUGAAUGCUUCGCUUAGAAGCUAAAUGAAGUUUUCUUAAAAAAAUAUGCUUAAAACUAGUUCAGGGUUGAUUGAGGCUUAAAAGAAGUUGGUUGGAUCCUGACUGGAGCUUACAAAGCAAACUGUAAUUAAUGAACAGAUAUUAAACGUGUAUUCUUAAUUUUUUUAAAUAAAAAUUCUGUAAAAAAUAGAACAAACGAACUUUGGAUCAAAUAA